UCACACUAACGCGUCCGUGUUGUUGUUAAGCUCGGUGAGUCUGCGGUGGUUAUCAUGGUGGUGUUUCCAAGCUCUUUGACGGAGGAAGAAGAGGCUCUGCAAAAGAAAUAUGCUAAACUCAAGAAAAAGAAAAAGGCUCUGCUCGCCCUGAAGAAGCAGAGUUCAACCAGCCAAACAAACCAGAGUGGACUGAAACGAACGUUGUCGGACCAGCCUGUCGUUGAUACAGCGACGGCAACAGAGCAAGCAAAGAUGCUGAUCAAGUCGGGCGCCAUCAGUGCCAUCAAAUCUGAGAACAAGAACUCGGGCUUCAAACGUUCUCGAAUGCUGGAGAUCAAACUCAAGGACCCCGAAAAAGGCCCCAUUCCUGCUUUCUUACCAUUCCAAAGGAGCGUCUCUACAGAUGAGGAGCUACCUGAGUCUGCAAAGAGAGCUCAAAGGAAAUCUCUGUAUGAGAGCUUCGUCAGUUCACGUGACCGAUACCGGGACGAGGACGACGGAGGCAGCAUGUCGUCCGCCCGUGAGAUGGACAGGGACCGAGAGAGAGAGAGAGACCGUGACCGUGACCUGGACAGAGAGCGCGAGAGAGACAGAGACCGAGAGAGAGAGAGAGAGCGGGACAGAGACAGAGAAAGAGACAGAGACAGAGACAGAGACAGGGAGAGAGAAAGAUGCAGGGAGAGAGAGAGGGAACCGGAGCGCGAAAGAGAAAGAGAACAAAGCAGAGAGAGGGAACGAGACCGCAACAUGGACCGGGAGAGAGAACGGGACCAACCUUUCAGACGCUCAGAUUCGUACCCGGAGCGGAGAGGAGUACGGAAGGGGAAUACGGUGUACGUUUACGGUUCUGGGCUUGUGGAGGACAGCCUGCGUUACGCUUUCUCUCAGCACGGCACCAUCAUCGACCUCUCCAUGGACAACCCACGCAAUUGUGCGUUCAUCACGUUUGAGAAGAUGGAGUCUGCAGAUCAGGCUGUCGCUGAGCUGAAUGGAAGCAUGGUGGGAGACAUCAACAUCAAAGUCAGCAUCGCCAGGAAGCAGCCCAUGCUGGACGCCGCCACCGGCAAAUCUGUGUGGGCUUCUCUCGCUGUGCAGAACAGCACGAAAGGCUCCUACAGGGACAAGAGGAACCAAGUCGUCUACAGCGAAGAUUUGUUCGGAAAUCCUUGAAAAUAAAAACGGACUAUUUGGGGGG